AUUAAUCGAUUUAUCGCUUUUGACCGGCAUUUCUGGACCACUUGGCUUGCGUUUAUGAAUACUUUGCAAAUUAUUUUAUAUUCAUAAACUGUAAGCAAUGAGCGAAACAAAUGGAUCCGCUGUGCGCAUGCCUUGGGUGGAGAAAUAUCGUCCCAGUGGCUUAGAAGACCUAAUAUCGCAUGAGGAAAUCAUAUCAACAAUUACUCGUUUUAUUAGCCGCAAGCAGCUGCCGCAUUUGCUUUUCUAUGGACCUCCUGGCACGGGAAAGACGAGCACCAUCUUGGCGUGCGCUCGUCAGCUCUACACACCGCAGCAGUUCAAAUCGAUGGUCCUGGAGCUCAAUGCCUCGGAUGACAGAGGAAUUGGCAUUGUUCGCGGCCAAAUCCUGAACUUUGCCUCCACUCGCACCAUUUUCUGUGACACCUAUAAGCUGAUCAUUUUGGACGAGGCCGAUGCGAUGACCAACGAUGCCCAGAAUGCGUUGCGUCGCAUCAUCGAGAAGUAUACGGAGAACGUACGCUUCUGCGUUAUUUGCAAUUAUUUGAGCAAAAUUAUACCGGCCCUGCAGUCGCGUUGCACACGUUUCCGCUUCGCCCCGCUCUCUCCGGAGCAGAUGAUGCCGCGACUUGAAAAGAUCAUUGAGACGGAAGCUAUUCAAGUAACUGAGGAUGGAAAGCGGGCCUUGCUUACUCUGGCCAAGGGCGACAUGCGAAAGGUUCUAAAUGUUUUACAGAGCACUACGAUGGCAUUUGACAAGGUUACCGAGGACAAUGUCUACAUGUGCGUGGGCUAUCCGUCUAAGCAGGAUGUCGAACGGAUUUUAAAGGCCUUGCUUGCUGGAGCCAGCCUUGAGCAAUCUUAUCAAGCAAUCGAAGAUGCUAAGCACACUAGAGGACUUGCAUUAGAAGAUGUAAUUACAGAGUUGCAUUUAAUUGUUAUGAGGCUUGAGCUGCCCAUGUCAACAAUGAACACUCUUAUAAUCAAGCUGGCCCAAAUCGAGGAACGCCUGGCGAAAGGAUGCACAGAAUCGGUCCAAACAGCAGCAUUAUUGGCCGCUUUUACCAUUUGUCGGGAUAUGGUGGCCAUGGAGAAGUAAGGGUAACCAUCCUAAUAUUAUAAAAUAUUAUUAAGUAUCGUUAAUGUUAAGAAUUGUUAAAAGAAAUCCGGUUGAUUAGGAUGGGCGAGAAGAAAAAGAAAUAUAAUUUUAUUCCCAAUGCA